AAGAUGGCGCCGUAUAGACUGCCGUAGUUCCGUUUUUUACAAGGAGCCCGGUCCAUCGUUCGGAUCCCACUGGCGUCUGUGGCAGCAGACCUCAGGAGCGCAAUAAACGACGUCAUUUCGAGGCGCUAGCGAGCCACUCCGAUCCAAGAGGGUCGUACCCGGUGGAAAUGGAGACCGGCUCAGAGACCCACCCGGCCAACCCCAACCACAAUCUCAACACUCUGAACAACCGGAACCCUAGUCCUAGCCGGAACUCAAUAAUAUCGGGGACUUCGCCGGUGUGGCCCACCAUCGACGGUCGACUGGGCCUCUCGGAGGAAGAGUCGCUGAGCUACGCGCGGAGAUUCUACAAGUUUGGAUUCGCAAUGCUGCCCUGGCUUUGGGCCGUGAAUUGCUUCUACUUCUGGCCCGUUCUCCGCCACUCCCGCUCCUUCCCUCACAUCCACCGCUAUGUUGUUCGAUCAGCAGUUGGGUUCUCCAUAUUUACAGCUCUUCUUUCAGCAUGGGCCCUUACUUUUGCCAUUGGAGGGGAUCGUCUCUUUGGACCUGUUUGGCAUCAACUUGUGAUGUACAAUCUUGCUGAAAAGUUAGGCUUGACUGAUGGGAGCUAGUCUUAUGCCCUACUUUCAUUGGUCACACACCUUGGAUCUUCCCCCUCCCCCGUUUGUUGGGGGUAUUACAGGUGUUCUUUUACUUUAUUUUGAACACAUGAUUCUUGUAUAUAUAUUUUGCAUUGACGCUUUCUUUACCUCAA